UGAGGAAAAGCAUCCUCUAGGCUAUGUAUUUCAUUCCUCCAAAUACACCGCCUGCUUGCGGUCCAUUCUGUCUUGGUUGUGAGAUUUGCUGCGAGCUCGUUCUCUGUAAUUAUGAAGAUAAUGAUUAUUCGAAGAUAAUAAAAGCUCUGGAAGAUGUACGACAGCGUACUGAAUAUCUUCGCAAGAAAUUAUUAUCGGUUGAAAAACAUAGCAGAUUAGCUACCAUGGACAAGCCCAGAGAUCAAAGAGCAAAGAGCUUUUUGGAAAAUCUUACCUGCAGUGAAUCCGUGGAAUCUAUCGAUGCUUCCGGUACACGAUAUCCGCUGGAAUCAGAUAAACACCUUUUUAGUGAUCGUCACAGAGACAGGAAGUAUUUGUCAAAGUCUGAACUCUCUCGUGGAAUAGCUCGAAAUUCUGUUGAUACUAUAGAGGCUUGUUUUGCAAUGAUAGAAGAGAUCAGAUCUGUUCGUUGUGAAUUAAUGAAUGCCAUAAAGCCUUGUAAAUGUCAAAACGUUACGGAUGUUAAAGAUUCUGUGGAUGCUAACUGUACGUCCAUUUCCGUUGCACCUGAUCAAAUUAGACCAGAAGUUCCGAUUAGGAAAAAGAAACAAGGAAAAAGAAAUGAGGAGCGAGAAGCUACGUUAAAUUGCACGACUAACUCGAGAAGUGCUGUAGAAAACACUCCAGGAUUUCCAAAAACUUGUAAUAAUUGUACAAGGAAUGAAACGGGAACUGAAAACUGUUUCAGAGCCCAGGGUAGAAAAUGUAAAAAUCGAUGUGCAUGCGGAAAGCCCUGUCGCACCUGCUGUACUUGCAAAUUUUUGGGAAACGUGUGCACUUGCAAAAAGAAGAGUUUUACUUUCCUAAGAGUGCCUUCUAGCUGUUAUACUCCAAAAUCCUGCUCAGCACGAAGAAUUUACCAUCCUCGUGAUUUUAAUGCAUGCGCUUCAAUGCCUACUCGUGGAAGCUGUCGGAGCUGCACAAUGCGCAGAUGCAGCAAACCCACAAUAAUCAGACAAACUUGGUGCUGCUGGCCAUGCAUAUGACAGAUGGCACCCAGAAGAAGUCAAUAUCUCAUGGAAGAGUUUGAUGUAUUUUUUCAUGAUAACAUGGUACAAAUAAGAUGGAAAAGGAAGUAACUAAAGUUAUAGCAAUACUCUCUCGUGGUAUAAAACAACGACUGAUAACACACCAAGGUAUGGGUCAAAAGAAUUUACAUAAUCUUGGAUCGGUAAUUACUAUUCCAUACAUACGCAUGAGAAAUUAGGCAUUCCUUGUUUUCGGUUAUUAUUAAAAAUAUUCAUCUAAAUGUGUCUCUGUACAAGAUAUGAUAUCAGUAAUGGUUCAAGAAACGGAAAUAUGCGUUCAGACUAGA